UUAAUGCGCUUUGCAAAAAAUAUAAUAUAGUUUUGUUUCGUUUCUCUUAGCGCUUUGCGAUUAACGCAAUGCUGUUUGCAAAAAGAGAAGUUUAUCCGGCACUGGCGACGGAGUUUCGGCAGAGCCUUUGCUGCUGAAGGAGGGAGUUUUGUGCUGAAACGCGAGCGGUAACUCACCUGAGCGCAGGUGUGCAAAAGGGAAGCUCUUUCACCCCCCCACCCACCCACCCGGACUGCAAUGGGCCGAAAAAAGAUACAGAUUAGCCGAAUCUUGGACCAACGGAACCGGCAAGUCACUUUCACCAAGAGAAAAUUCGGGUUGAUGAAAAAGGCCUAUGAGUUGAGCGUCCUUUGUGACUGUGAAAUCGCCCUGAUCAUUUUCAACAGCACCAACAGGCUCUUCCAGUAUGCCAGCACAGACAUGGACAAGGUUCUGCUGAAGUACACGGAGUACAGCGAGCCCCACGAGAGCCGAACCAACUCGGAUAUUCUGGAGACCCUGAAACGAAAAGGUUUGGGCUUCGAAGGUGCAGAAAUGGAUCUCGUAGAUGCUUUGGACCCAGCUGAGAAACUGAGGCAGCUUGAUGAAGGCAUGGACCUUAGAUUAGUCCGGCCAAAACUUAGUUCGGCCGCUUCCCUGUCUAGCCUCGAGGGGGCAUCCAUGGGAACUCCCCCAUCCGGAGGUGAAGGUGGGGCAAGCAAUUCAGGCGAAUCUCCUGUUCAACAGAGCCGUCUUCAGCAGUUCAAGCCAACUCUUCCCAAGCCAGCCUUCCCUUCGGUGCGAUCCCCAGCAACCCUUGGACCAGGUAUCGGGUACUCAAUCUUCUCCCAUAGCAACCUCAGCCGGGUGUUGUCGAGCAAAACGCCUCCUCCGCUCUACCUGGGGUCUGACUCCCGUCGGGUGGAAGGACAGCUUUCUGCAAGCAGGAACAAUCUAGCAUCCACUCGCCCGUUGUAUCCUGGGCUUCAGAACCUGGCUCCCGUAUUGCCCGCUGGAAGUCUCCCUGGACGUGGGCUACCAGGAUACCCCUUCCUCUCCUCCACCCCAUCAGAAUAUACUUUGGGGGAAAGCACCCCACACCCCUUCGGCUUCCAAGGAAACACCACGGCGGCUUGGCAUCACCGAGAAUAUCCAAUGCCGGGAACAGCAAGUCGGAUUUGUGACCAGGCUUCCCUAGUCCCCAGCUCACCCUCCUUGCACACCCAAAUCAGUGUGAAGUCGGAGCGGGCCUCCCCCACAGCCAGCUGUUCCUCGGCUGUCCCCCAGCUCUCCACAUCUGUGCGUUCCAACCUCUGCAAUGUCCCCACGGACCUCCCCUCUCAGGAAGAUUAUAUCAAGGGCUAUCAUUACUCGUUCCUUCUUUCCCGGCCUCCGUCAGAAGAACCGAAGCAAUCCAGUGUUCCCUCCCAUCGCCUGCCGGUGUCUGCCGCAGAGGAGUGGCAGAAGUAACCUGGAGGCUCGGCUUGUUCACGCAUGUGCUCAGUGGAGGUGGCUGUAUGUAGGCGUACGGGCAAGAGGGAAGGAGUGAAUGCCAAUCACCUGCGUUCACCUAUCGAUCAUAAUAGGGCCAAAGUAGGGAAACGACUGAUUGCAGAAUCGUACAUGCAGGAAAAGCCUCCCCAGAAAAGAAAAAAAUCAGUUGGUAGAACAGAGAGCAGGUUAUUGGCAGCAGAUUUGAAAGUCCUCAACUUACAACCAUUCAUUUACAGGUAGUCCUCGACUUGCAGCCAUUUGUUUAGCGACACACUGAAAAAAGUGACUUAUGACGGGUCCUUGCCCUUAUAACCAUUGCAGCAUUCCCCACAGUCAUGGGGAAGGAGCCUUGGUAGUACAGUGGUCUAAAGCACCCUGUUAUUAACAUUCAGCUGCCUGCAAUUACUGCAAGUUCGAAUCUCCCCAGGCUCAAGGUUGACUCAGCCUUCCAUCCUUUCUAAGGUAGGUAAAUUGAGGACCCAGUUUGUGGGGGCAAUAAGCUGACUUUGUAUAAAUAUACAAAAGGAUGAAGGCUAUUGCUGAGCACAUUGUAAGCCGCCCUGAGUCUCCGGAGAAGGGCAGCAUAUAAAUCAAAUUAAAAAAAAAAAAAUGUGAUCAAAAUUUGAGUGCCCAGCAACUAGCAUGCAUUUAUGAUGGUUGCAGAAUCCUGAAGUCUCAUAAUCACCAUUUGUGACCUUCCCGGCCCGGCUUCCAACAAGCAAAGACAGUGAGGGAAGCCAAAUUCCCUUCACGAUUGCAUGGUUCACUUCGAUGUGAUUUGCUUAACGACCGUGGCACAAAAGGCCAUAAAGUUGGGUAUGACUCACUUAUACCAACUGCCUAGCUUAGCAAUGGAAAUUCUAGUCUCGGAUGUGGUCAUAAGUUGAGGACUAUCUCUAUAUGAAGUAGAAUUAAGCUGUUGAAGUAUCUUAUCAAUUUAAAAAGAGCUGCACAACUUCUCAAAUCCCUAUGUACAAACAAAUCUUCCUCUGUCCACAGGUAACUCCUGCCGUGUUUCCCUGAAAAUAAGACCCGGUUUUAUAUUUUGGGGGGGCUGCAAAAUAAGCAGUAGGUCUUAUUUUCAGGGGGUGUCUUCUUUUUUUCCCCAUAUUUAGGAGGCCCACUUCUUCUGCUUGCUCGCGGCCGCAAUGGGGCAGGAGGCUGUGCGGUGUGCCAGUGUCACCGCCACAAUGCAGGGGGAGGUGGAGUGCCCCAUGCGCCCCACACCGACUUACCACAGGGCCCCGCAACCAGGCCAUCCAAGUCCCAACAACUGCCUCGUGAUGGCAGCUCCAUCCAGCAGGAUGCCACAUAGCCACCGACCCACUUCUUCUGCUUGUUCACAGUCGCAACAGAGCAGGCAAGGCAAGAGACGGUGGGAUGGAGUGGGCAGGUGGCCGCGGGAGGCUAGUCUUCAUAUCACUUGGCUUUCAUGCAGCCCACGCGGCACUGCCUUUCCCCCGCACCUCUGCCUUCAUCUGCUGUCAUGCGAAGAUGAGCUUCCGGCAGGCACCCGGCCUCUCCAGCCUACCGACUCUUGGCUUUCCCACAUGCUGUGUGGCGCAUCCGGAUCGCAUGCCUCUCCCUUGCCUCUGCAUCGUGCUUGGACAGGUAAUCAACUCACCUGCAUUGUGCAGGCUGCGGCUGCUGUCGGACACCAUUGGCCCCCAUGCUCUCACCACCUCCAGUGCUGGUCGCAACCCUCCGCUGAUGACCUUAACUAGAGCUUACUUUUUGGGGUAGGGUUUAUAUUAUGAGCACGCUAAAAAUCAGGCUAGGGCUUAUUUUGCGGGUAGGUCUUAUUUUUGGGGAAACACGGUACCUGUUUUUUCAACCUUACUACACGCAUUGUGACCCUAGUUACAAUGUAAGGCUUUGCCAGACCCCAGGAGGUUGCCAACCCCUGUAAUUAGACACGGCACUUUGUUCAUGAUCAGAAGCAAUCUUGCCAUUUAAAAAAAAAAAAGCAUUUCUAAGGAUUCACGCAGACCUCUUGACAAGAGGGUCAAAGACGCUUUUGAGAGAUCUUUCAGGCUCAUUUUCCUGCUUUUUCACUGACAGUUUUGUGCGUUAGGGAACUUUGGUGGAUGGCGGCAAAUGUCUGCAGAUCCCAAACGUGUCACUUUUUAUGCUUCUCUGAUAAAUAGCUUGAGGGAUGGAUUUGCAGUGUCAGAGCCAAUGCAAAAUGGACGUUUUUGGUGCCCGAGCGAUUGAGAACGUGGCAUCUGCAUAUGGAGAGGUAGACCAUUUUUAAAGGUUUGCAUUCCAGUUGGAAAUAAAAAUAAACGCCUUUCAAAUAA